GUCUAGAGAGCCCAGCGAGCCAGCCGAGCGGCGAGACGUGGCAAAAAUCGAGCGGCUAUGCUUCAAGAGCCAUUCAUCCCGCCAGCGAGACGGGUGCUUGCUCUCAGGGGCUCGGCCGCGCCGCUGCCUCGAUCGAUCGCACUGCCGCGCGCCGCGCGGCGGCUCUGCCAGCACAUCGCGCGCGCCGCGCCCGAGCUCAUCAUCUCGUUCCAUCUUCACACCUCCCACUACCAACCACACGGCAUGCAGUACCGCGUCACUACCCAGGAGCAGGCGCGCAGGCUGCUGGAGCGCUGCACCACUCGCGAAUACCUCGUCGCUGCAUCGGGCGCUGCCGCUGCCUGGAAGCUGCUCCGUAACGCCGACGAGCCCACAACGCUCUCGUUCAGCACCGUGCUCGACGAGUACCGCCGGCGCGCCGAUCCUCUCAUCCAGCUGCAGGCCGUGGCGCUCGUCUCGCCUGAGUUCUACCUCAGCCAGGCGCAGUUUGAGCUCUACACCGGCGACGACUUUGAGCCGGCCGAGCACCAUGACCUUGCCGAGUGCCAGCUCUCCGGGCCGACGGCUGCGCAGGACAGCGCCUUUGCUCUCAGCUUUGCCAACUCGUCUGAAGUUGUGCCCGCUGGCGCCAAGCGCAAGGCUGGCACGGCCGCAGAUGCAGCUGCCAAGCGCCGCAAGAUCAAGGACGAGCCGGCAUUGGGCAGCCAAGAGGACGAGGCAAGCGGCGCUGUCAGCGAGCACGAAGGACCUGCGGGCAACACCGAGGUCAGCGUGGCUGCGUCUGCAGAGUCCAGCGUGCUGAGCUGCGCUGUUCGCUUUGGGGGCAACCUUGGCGCAUUUGCGCAGCUCGUCGACGCUGCGCUGUCCCUGUCACGCCCGCACGGGCAGCUGGACAUCUCGAAGCUGGACGGCAAGUACGGUCUGGACCUCUGCACCGACGUCAUGCGCCGCUUCAUUGAGUCUGUCAGCGCUGCCAACACAAGGGCGCCGCCGGCAGUUCUGAAGCGCUACGACGGCAAGGGUGACCCGCUUGCCUGGAUCGACCUUGUCGAGAGUAACGAGAAGGAGCGCGCAGACACUCCCGUCGAGAGGCUCAACAGCUGGUUCUGCUUGCUCGGACGUCUUGUCGAGAUGCAUCGGCGCAAGCUGUCGCCCAACACCAUAGCCGGUGUGAACAAGAAUGCCUCUAUCUCACCUAGCGGUCAGGUGCAGACGGUCUUCCGCUCCGACGAGGAGGUGAAGAGAAAUCUCUUGAACAUGCAAGAGGCGCAUAGGGCUGCACGGCACUUUGCUGCUUGCCUGUGUUACAGCGGCACUCUUGGCGCUGCGGUUGCAUUUGCCGUCUGUCCGUCAAUUGUCGACGCCUUUUCUGGUGACGAUGGCGGCGACAUGAGCGUACCGCUGGUAGACCUGCUAGGUACGCGCGAGGAGUGGUCUGGCUGCGCUCCUCGAGUCCACGACGGCUGGGACAAGCUCUACCUGCUCAACAAGACGCUCUACGACGCCUUCGCCAACGUCCAUGAGCACUUCUGGGCCUCGCUCAUCUUUAAGCUUCAUGACCUGUUCCCAGUCAAGAAGAUUUCGUGGAACGGCCAAGAGCCGUGGGACCUCGAGGAGCUUGCGAAGGCAAUCGGACACAGCCAGGACUACAGUUGGUCGUCUUUGCUGGUGGGCGGAGGCGGUUCGUACGGCAACCACGACAUGCCAUCGGUGAAGAAAGUCAAUUGGCCCUCUGUCAUCGACGAACGCGAUCUUCUGCGCUGCGACAAGCUCUACGGCAAGACGGCUCGCCCCGAGAAGGUGCCCAGGCACGAGCUUCCUGCGGAGGAAGAGCUUGUCCGCGUGGGCAUCUGCGGCUCGACGGCGCUGCCGGAGCUGAUCGCGGCGCACAAGCCGACGCCACCACCCUCGCCGCGGCCAGCACCGCCGGCCAAGAAGGCCAAGAAGCCUGCUGCGCCCAAGAAAGCGCCGGCCAAGAGCAAGAAGACGACGUAGUGUGCUCCAAAGAAGGCGCGACGUACUGUGGGGCCUGCCCGAGCGAGGCGAGGUCGCAAGCGACAGCACCCCGCGAUGUGGCACCUUCGAUGUGCCCCUCCCAUCCUGUACAAGUUUGCGAAGCUCGAGUGCUGAAUGCGAUGCCAUG